CACAGCUGAUAGAACAACAGCAUGUCACUCCACAGCCUCUGUGUUCAAGCUGUCCUUCUCAUAAUCAUCCUGUCUCUCUGCUCACCCUCAGGUGGUGCAUCUGGGAGUAGACUAAAGAGGAUCCUCAUGAAACGCAAUGCAAAGGAGCUGGAAGCCAAAGCCAAAGCACAGAUCGCAGUGCCGCAGUCAAAGGCUAAAGAGUUUCUGUCAGAUUUUCACAGGUUUAAGAGAAAUGUAUGGGAUCGGAGCCAUCCUGAUGUCCAGCAGUGGAUCCAGCAGUUCAUGUACAUGGGCUAUGAUGAGGCAAGACUGGAGACUGAUCUCUCCUAUUGGAUGGACCAGGCCAGAUCAAAUGACCAGGGCCGGCAACAUCAUCAUGAUGAGAAUGCACCUAUGAGCCAACAGGACCCCAGUUCCUACAGACACGGGGCUAAUGUCAAUUAUGAUUACUAUUAAGACCCCUAGAAACUAACAUUCACUGUGAAACCUGGAGACUAUUGCCUGACUUGUAAAUCAUUCUAAUGCUCUAAGGCAAUGUAUAUAUUCACAGAACCUACAGUAUGCCCCAUAGAUGAUGUGUGUUUAUAUAUAUAUAUAUAUAUAUAUAUAU